ACCGAAGUGUUAAGACCGUUUACGGUUGAAAACCGACAAAAUCGACGGUGGAAAAAUAAAAGAAAAAAACAGUUAACAAAAUAAAAAUUUUGUGCAACUAUCUGUGGAAAAUAUUAAGUGUAUGUGUGUGUGAUGGUGCAUGUCCUUUUUCUAUCAACAUAUAUUAUGUGUAUAUUAAAUACAUGUAGUAGAAAAAUAUAAGAAAAAAAAACAGAAAAUUUUGACAAGAAAAGAAAAAUUUAAUAACAAAAGUUAAAUGAAGGAGAAGCAAUAAUCUUCAAAGGGAAAUAUUUACAUUAAUUUUUUAAAUAAAACUUGUUUGGUGUUUCUUUCUUUUUUUUUUGUAAAGUUAAACAUAAAUUUUGUAAAAAUUGGAGGAAAUCCUAAUUACAGACAAACCCUACAAAAGGAAACCAUGUCAACGUUACCCUUUCUCCUUAGUGUAGCCGAUGAGCUAGACAACCUUAACUCACAAAAUUAUAUGGAUGAUUUUGGUUUGGGUUUCCAUCCUCAUAGACAAUACUAUCGCACGCCAACCAUACAACUCUCCUUGCCAGCCAGCACCGAAUGGAUGGAACAGGAGCAGGGACGUCAUCAUUCACGCUAUCGUUCCACCUAUCGCUACUAUGGUGAACCACAAAAUAAUCUACAAUCCCCAGCCGAAGGCGAUGAAGAGGACAAUGAUGAACAUGAUAAUCCAAAACAUGAUAAUGAUGGAGGUUUGGGCAGUGCUGCAGCUCAAAAAUAUGUUUCAGCUUUGAAUUCAAACAAUGAAAAGGAUGAUAUUAUUGACAAUUCCUUGCAAUUGUAUAACAUUUCCAAAAAGUGCAGCAAGGACUAUUAUCGUCAUGCUGAGCCCAGCACUUCAUCAGCCACAGCUUUAUCGACAGCAGCAUCAACAUCUACAUCAAAACCGCCACCCCUACCACCGAGGAGUUCCACAGCAGCAACUGCCUCUAAAGCCAAAGAAACAAAGCCCAAUAUGAGCUAUCGUUUGCACAGCAAAUGCCUCGAAGGCAAUAAUUCCUCUUCCGAGGAGAGUUUGCAAAAAGUCACCUCAUCCAUUGAAUUUCUUACUUGUUUUCUUCUAAAGAAAACGCGUGCCAGCAAAAGUCCCUCCGGAGCUGAGGGCAAAAAAUCUUAGGAUAGUCAAAUCAAAAGGCGCAGUAAUGUUUUUUAAUUCCUUAAGGAUUUAAGAAUCCGUAAACAGCGAAAAGCAUAAAAAGUUUUUAAAUCAAAAUUCUAAAAUAUAAGUGCAUAGAAAACAUCAACAACAAAAAC